AUGUAGCACUUUGAAUAAAAUAAAUAAGUUAAGUAUCACACCCCAUAAAAAUAUAAGUUUAGUAGCACAUUCUUGUAAAUGUACAAAUAUAUCCCUAAUGGUCCCCACAUAUAUAUAUAUAUGACUUCUCUCUCAAUAUCUAAUAAAUAAAAUUUAAAAAAAACGUCCACAUCCCAUCCCCACAAAAUCUGCCAAACAGCACUUCCAAUGAAAAAGUGGGUCAAAUUUAGAAUCUUCUAUCAAAAUCAGUUUUGUCCUAUAUUGUCUCUCUCUCUCUCUCUUUGUACACGAAAUCAAAAUUUUGACAAACCCUAGAGCCGUGUACUCCAAAAUCUGCGAACUCUCUGAAUUUCCAAGGGAACAAUACCGUGUCUCUCUUGUACAAGCUCAAAUUUCAUCCAAUUUGAGAGCAAAAUUUCACCCAAUUUCACGCCUAUCACCCUUUUCUACAAACAAAUCGUGUGUGGUUUGAAACCCCACACAAAUCGUAGCCGUGUACUCCAUAAUAGAGCAAAAACAACUUGGUGAAUUAUUCUAUCUUCUCAAUUAACAAUGAGUGAAACUGAAUCCGACUACUCCAGAGAGGAAGAACAGCCUGUAGAACGAGGCCAUCGCCCGAGUACAUCGAGGAGGGAAAAAUACCCGACGCCGAAUCCGCCUCCGAGGCAUGCUUGGUUACGUCCGUGCAUGCAAGGUUAUGCCGGACGAAUCAAUCACUAUGUAAAGGACACGACACUGAAGGAAGUGGAGACCUGUCUGACGCACUACCAGCGUUUAGAACAAUUUAAGAAAGGUCCGUUUGGGCAUUUACUUCAGUUGAAGAGGCAGGAUAGUGCGAAUGCCGCACUGCACCAUCUUCUUGCACGGGAGUUGUAUGAUGAAGCAUUCGGUCCGUGGGAGAAGUGGUUCCACGUUGGUGGACACGACAUUCGAUUCGGCGCAGUGGAAGUUCUAUGGCACGGAGUUUUGAAAGGCAAGAAGGUGGAAGUGAAGGAUCUGCGGAAGCGGUUCGUUAACCGCAGUCUGGGCAACAGUGCCCAGGAUUAUUUGAAGGCGGCCAAUAUUCUCGUGGCGUAUGAUCUCCUCUUCUGUCGGGAUUAUAAAUACGUGCACGAUUGGGUGUGGGCACUGGUAGAGGAAGAUCAGAAAUGGUCCGACUUCCCGUGGGGCUCUUACUCAUUCCAGAUUUUGUGUCAUGGGAUGAGUGUGUUGAAGAAGCAUCCCAACGAGAUUACCGGUAAUAGGAAGACGUACCACUUCUAUGGGCCCAUAUGGGCAUUACAGAUUUGGUCGUACGAGGCCAUUCCGAGGUUGGGCCGCGCGUGUGGGAUGCGUGACCCGAGGUUGCAGAUGCCACGAUUGGUGAACUGGACGACUUGGAAGUCGGCUUCUGACUUCACCCACUUUUUUGAUGCUCAUGAGGCCGAGUGUCACCGGACACUCGAACCGGUCGAGGAGGAGAAUGAUUCAUGGUAUUUGCAGACCCUGAGGCAUCCAGAGCCUUUUUCUGUACGAUACCAUCUUGGAGGGAAAUAUGCCGGCUUGACAGAGCCAGUUGUACCGGAGCCGCCUCCUCCUGUUAGGCCUCCCCCUGUGCAGAGGAGUAUCUCACGAGCAGAGAUGACUCGUGAGAAGCAGCCUGUCCCUGUCCCGAGGAGUAGCUCACGAGCAGAGAGGGCUCGUGAGAAGCAGCCUGUCCAUGUUGAGCGGCAUAGACAGACGUAUGUUGAUCCGACUGGUAGCCCAUCGAAGCGGCCCAGGCCGCAGGAGUUCGAUGAUUCAGUGCCUCGAGCAGAUCCAGAUGCUGAUUAUUGGAGGCGACGUGAUGAGGACUUGAUUGCCCGUGUCACUGAGAGCGUGACACGGGAGCAGAUCCGGACCGUGAUCCCUGAGGUGCGGCGGGCGAUUGUAGACGACGACUCCGAGCAUGGACUGGUUGCCAAAAUUACACGGAAGGUCGUGGCCGCUGUGAAGGAUAUAUUCGGUGGGCGAUCUUCUUCGAGGAAGCAUAGAUCAUCAUCCAGCCAUGCCAGUCGUCAUAGACACGGGAGUGAGGAGUUGGACCAGCCGAGACCCAGUCACAGACGGUCUACAUCUCACAUUCCUAGUCCUGGGCAUCGGGGUCAUGAGGAUCCGCCUCAUGUGAGCCAUAGGCACUCAGUUGGAGACCUGGAUCGGCAGCAUCGGGGUCACAGUCGAUCACAGCAUGGAGAUGAUCCACCCCAUGCGAGUCAGCGGCGAUCUGCCUCACGUCACAGUGAGAGGGAGGCAUCUAUGAGGCGAUCAGCCUCACAUCGUAGUGAGAGGCAGACAUCUUUGAGGCGAUCUGCCUCACGUCACAGUGAGAGGUCAGCUCGUCAGCGGAGUCCAGUGACGCCUAUGCAUGGAAAGGAGAUGACGAUGUCCAGUUCAGCUGGACUACUGACGAGGAAGAGGCCCAGGAUGUAG